GCCUCUCCUCCCCCCCGCCAUGGCUCCCCGUGUCCCUGCUCUUCUCCUCUCAGUGAGCGAAAGUGGCCGCCGCCGCCGUCCCAGCGCCCGCAGCCGCCGCCUCCUCCUCAACAGCAAUAGCGCGGCCGCCAUCUUGGCGAGGCAGAAGCCGAAAGGCAUCGCGGCAGUACACAGCCAGCGCCAUCGCAGGCAACUCGGCUCAGGGCGGGCCGGAGCGAGCGGAGCGGGCAACUCAGGAGUCACCCUCGGCCCGAGCCGCGCCAAGCAUCCAGCUGUGCGUUAAGAGGUCUCUGUGAAUGAGGAGAGUCUUGUUCUAUGGCCUCAGAGCUGGGUGCCAGAGAAGAUGGCAACUGCACAGAGCUGGCAACACCUCUAUAUCUGCAGUAUCUGGAAAAAGCUCUGCGAUUGGACCACUUUCUACGGCAGACUUCUACCAUCUUCAAUAGGAGUGUAUCCAGUGAUGAAAGUGAAGAUGGACUGGAAGACAAUCCUUUGUUGCCUCAGCCUGGGGGUUCCUUGAUACAAGUUAAAGAAGAGCCUGCAAGUUCAUUGCUUGGAGAGUCUUCUGGAGCAGGAAGUUCUGGAAUGUUAAACACACAUUCACUCAAUGGAGUAUUGCAGUCUGAGCCAAAAACAGAAAAAGGGAAUCUAUAUAAUUUUUCCAAAUUGAAGAAAAGUAGGAAAUGGCUGAAGAGUAUUCUCCUGAGUGAUGACUCCAGUGAUAGUGAGUCAGCAACAGAUGAGGAUGGAGAAGAAGGGGAGGAGCUUUCUCUUUCCAGGGAAGAACUUCACAACAUGCUGCGAUUGCACAAGUACAAGAAACUGCAUCAAAGUAAAUACAGCAAAGACAAAGAGUUACAGCAGUACCAGUAUUACAGUGCAGGUUUGCUCUCCACACAUGAUCCUUACUAUGAGCAACAGCGUCAUCUCAUAGGACCCAAGAAAAAGAAGUUCAAAGAUGAAAAAAAAUUAAAAGCCAAAUUGAAAAAGGUGAAAAAAAAGAAAAGACGGGAUGAAGAACUCUCCUCUGAGGAAUCUCCUCGGCGUCAUCACCAUCAGACCAAAGUUUUUGCCAAGUUUUCUCAUGAUACUCCUCCACAAGGAUCCAAGAAAAAGCAUUUGUCCAUUGAACAAUUGAAUGCUCGCAGGCGAAAAGUAUGGCUCAGCAUUGCUAAAAAAGAGCUGCCAAAGGCAUACAAGCAGAAAGUGUCAGCCAGAAACCUGUUUCUAAGUAACAGCCGAAAGCUGGCUCACCAGUGUAUGAGAGAGGUUCGUCGAGCAGCUAUCCAAGCCCAAAAGAACUGUAAGGAAACUCUGCCACGGGCACGACGGCUUACCAAGGAGAUGCUUCUUUACUGGAAGAAAUAUGAAAAAGUGGAGAAGGAACACCGCAAAAGAGCAGAGAAGGAAGCACUGGAGCAACGCAAGCUGGAUGAGGAGAUGAGAGAGGCUAAGAGACAACAGAGGAAACUUAACUUCCUGAUUACGCAAACUGAACUGUAUGCCCACUUCAUGAGCCGCAAACGAGAUAUGGGGCAUGAUGGAAUACAGGAGGAAAUCUUAAGGAAGCUCGAAGACAGUUCUAUCCAGAGGCAAAUUGAUAUUGGUGGAGGUGUUGUGGUCAACAUCACACAGGAGGAUUAUGAUAGUAACUACUACAAGGUUCAGGCUCUGAAGAAUGCAGAAGAUGCUUACCGGAUUCAUCAGGCUCAGACAAGGUCAUUUGAUGAAGAUGCUAAAGAGAGCCGGGCAGCAGCCCUUCGGGCUGCCAACAAAUCUGGCACUGGAUUUGGAGAAAGCUACAGCCUUGCAAAUCCAUCUAUUCGAGCUGGAGAGGACAUUCCACAGCCUACCAUUUUUAAUGGUAAACUGAAAGGUUACCAGCUGAAAGGCAUGAACUGGCUGGCCAACCUUUAUGAGCAGGGCAUCAAUGGAAUCCUGGCAGAUGAAAUGGGUCUGGGCAAAACAGUGCAGAGCAUUGCCUUGCUAGCACAUCUAGCCGAGAGGGAAAACAUCUGGGGACCCUUUUUAAUUAUUUCACCGGCUUCCACACUGAACAAUUGGCAUCAGGAGUUUGCCAGAUUUGUUCCUCGAUUUAAGGUGCUGCCUUACUGGGGAAAUCCCCAUGAACGAAAAGUAAUCAGGAAAUUCUGGAGUCAGAAGACUUUGUAUACUCAGGAUGCUCCUUUCCAUGUGGUGAUCACCAGUUAUCAGCUUGUAGUCCAAGAUGUAAAGUAUUUUCAGCGGGUUAAGUGGCAAUAUAUGGUGCUGGAUGAAGCACAAGCGCUCAAGAGUAGCUCCAGUGUCCGUUGGAAAAUUUUACUUCAGUUCCAAUGCCGAAAUCGAUUGUUACUAACUGGGACACCUAUCCAAAACACCAUGGCUGAGCUCUGGGCUUUGCUUCAUUUCAUUAUGCCAACAUUGUUUGAUUCCCAUGAGGAAUUCAACGAGUGGUUUUCUAAAGAUAUUGAAAGCCAUGCAGAGAAUAAAUCUGCCAUUGAUGAAAAUCAGCUAUCCCGUUUGCACAUGAUCCUGAAGCCUUUCAUGUUGAGAAGAAUCAAGAAAGAUGUGGAGAAUGAGCUGUCAGACAAGAUUGAGAUUCUUAUGUACUGCCAGCAGACAAGUCGACAAAAAUUAUUGUACCAAGCUCUGAAGAACAAGAUUUCUAUUGAUGACCUUUUGCAGUCCUCGAUGGGCACAACCCAGCAAGCACAGAACACUACCAGUAGCCUCAUGAACCUUGUCAUGCAGUUCAGGAAGGUAUGCAAUCAUCCAGAACUCUUUGAAAGACAAGAAACAUGGUCUCCAUUUCAUAUUUCACUCAAGCCAUACCAGACUUCAAAAUUUCUCUACCGUCAUGGGCAGAUCAGGGUGUUUAAUCACUCACGGGACAGGUGGUUGCAGCUUUUACUUUCACCUUUUGCCCCAGACCACAUCCAGCAGUCUCUCUUCCAUAGGAAGGGUGCUGAAAAAGAAAGUUGUUUCUCUUUCUUACGAUUUAUAGAUGUUUCUCCAGCAGAGAUGGCAAACCUCAUGCAUCACGGACAUUUAGCCAGAUGGUUAGCUCUUUUCCUGUCUCUGAAAGCUACCUACAGGCUCCACCACAGGCGUUUCUGGAGUGAGCCAGAAGAGGAUCAUCAGCAAAAGUCUCAGUGUCUGAAUAACAAAGAUUUCUUGCUGGACAUCAGUCACCCACUCUCCCUUCCCAACUUGCACAGCUGCACUUUGCUGCGAAACCUUGUCUUCACAAGCCACUGUAAAGCAGUAAUUGGCUGUUCUGAUUACAUCGUUCAUCAACGAUCAGCUACCUCAUGGAAACAGUGUUGUCAAAUCACAGAGCUGCCAUCCUUCCUGUGUGUAGUAAGUCCAAAGGUAACAGCUGUGCCGCUGGACUUCUAUUGCAAUGAUCGGAGUGCAGAGUAUGAGCGUCGGGCACUUAAAGACGGGGGAAGCCUCGAAGCAAAGCAGUGUAUAUUGCAUGGUGCGCCUGAACAAGCAGCUGGCUGGCUUAAAAGGUGCUCCCAGUUCUUUCCAGAAUAUCCUGGAGGAUUGUUAGGGAUCAGGCCUCAAAAUGGCUGGUCUUUCAUCAGAAUUCCAGACAAAGAGAGUCUGAUCACAGACAGUGGAAAGCUUUAUGCCCUUGAUAUUCUGUUGACAAGAUUAAAAUCUCAAGGACACAGAGUCCUUAUCUACUCUCAGAUGACACGGAUGAUUGACUUGUUGGAGGAAUAUAUGGUUUACAGGAAACAUACUUAUAUGCGGCUAGAUGGCUCAUCAAAAAUCUCAGAAAGAAGGGAUAUGGUUGCUGACUUUCAGAACAGGAAUGAUAUCUUUGUCUUCUUGUUAAGCACAAGAGCUGGUGGCUUAGGUAUUAACCUUACGGCUGCUGAUACAGUAAUUUUCUACGAUAGCGACUGGAAUCCAACAGUGGAUCAGCAGGCCAUGGAUCGAGCUCACAGGCUGGGUCAAACAAAACAAGUCACUGUGUAUCGAUUGAUUUGUAAAGGCACCAUUGAGGAGCGCAUCUUGCAGAGGGCCAAGGAGAAAAGUGAGAUUCAAAGGAUGGUGAUUUCAGGUGGCAAUUUCAAACCAGACACAUUAAAACCCAAGGAGGUGGUUAGUCUGCUGCUUGACGAUGAAGAACUUGAGAAAAAAUUGCGCCAGCGGCAGGAGGAGAAGCGGCAGCAAGAGGAGACGAAUCGUGUGAAAGAGCGUAAACGAAAGAGGGAAAAAUAUGCCGAAAAGAAGAAAAAGGAAGAUGAGCUGGAUGGGAAAAAAAAGAAAGAAGGCAUGAAUCUAGUGAUUCCUUUUGUUCCAUCUGCAGAUAACUCUAAUCUCUCAGCUGAUGGAGAUGAGUCAUUUGUUAGUGUAGAUUCUGCUAUGCCUAGCCCUUUUAGUGAGAUCUCCAUCAGCAGUGAAUUGCACAUGGGUUCCAUCCCUCCUGAUGAGAGCAGCAAUGACAUGCUGGUGAUUGUAGAUGAUCCAGCCUCUUCAGCACCUCAGUCAAGAGCCACCAACUCUCCUGCUUCCAUCACUGGCUCAGUGUCUGACAACAUGAAUGGAAUUUCAAUACAGGAUAUGCCAGUCACAGGGAGGGGUCAUUCAGGUAGAAGCCGAGGUCGCCCCAAAGGUUCAAACAGUGGAUCAAAAAGCACAGGAAAAGGCAGGAGCCGGAAAUCAACAGCAGGAAGUGCAGCUGCCAUGGCAGGAGCUAAAGCAGGGGCAGCAGCUGCCUCUGCUGCAGCGUAUGCAGCAUAUGGAUACAGUGUGUCUAAAGGUAUGUCUUCAGGCAGCCCGCUGCAUUUGCCACAUAUCCGACACUCUGGACUUGCGGACUUUGGACCAUCAAGCGCCUCUUCUCCCUUGAGCAAAGGAAACAGUGUUUGUGGAACCUCUAAAACUUUAAACCUGACAAGUUCCUUGACACCAGAAACCUCUGUCCGAAAACAAUACAAAGGAGCCCACACCUCAGGUGGGCGAUAGUGGUUUUGAAUCCCUGGAACUUACCUGUGUCCAUAUUGGCUUUCUGAGCAGUCUACUCCAACCAGCAAAAGGGUAUUCAGAUGAUGCCUUGUUUUCAUCCCAUAUGUGGGUAUGAUGAGAUGAUAACUGCACUAAUGGGUAAGAAGUGUUCUCUGUGCACUGUCAUGUGUAGCCCAGUUUUUAGUACCUUUGCAAAUUUGUGAAGAGGAGGGACAUAGACUUAGGGUGCUUGUGCUUAACUUUUGCCAUUAAGUUCUUCUGGCAUCCUAGAAAUCAUGUGAGCAAAGGAUCCAGCCUCCAUGUGAGACUAGCAUCAAGGCUCCCCCUUUGUGCUCACACCAGCCUCUUCUCCCUUAAACUUUCAGGUUUUAUGUGGAAUUCAGCUGUAUUCUUAUAAUAAAGAGAUAAGUAUCAAAUAUUUGAGGGUACCCUGCAGGUUCAGAAAGAGGGUUAUGGUCAGUGCAUCUUUUGGAAAAAGCUAUGGAGAAAUAACUUGAUUGUUCCAAUGUGUAUCAAUGGUGGAUGCCGUGAAAAAUGGUUUUGUAAGGAGAAAGGAGUUUUGCACUGUGGCCCAAAAAUGGUAUUUUAUCAAUACCGUGUUUAUGAACAACUAGAGUUCUGUUCCUUUAAUUGAAAUAACAGCAGAACUGGUAUUUUGGGAAUGACAUUGCUGUGUCUGCUCCAGAGAGCAGAAGGCGCUUUAAGUUACUGCUUUACAUCGCAGUAUCUAGGUUCAUAUUCAUUUACUUUGAUAGCAUCUGAUUUUAAAUACAGUUUCUUGCAUUUGGCUUAUGUGGAAAUCUUAAAGGUUUUAGAAAGAAAAAAAAGUCAGCCAUUUUGUGUGUAAUUUUUAACAAGGGAAUUUGAUGGAGGGUAUAGAUCACUGCUGUUCUUCUCUUUGUGCCAUAGAAAAAGUUUUUAAAAUUAUGUUUUAGGUACCAUUGGCUACCAUACCACGGUAAAACAGCAAGGGCAAUGCGCCAUUCCCUGCUUCCAUCCAGUCUCUAGUAAAGUGAUGUCUCAUUCCAAGCUGUUGCUUUUUUAGGCAUAUCUUGUUCAACCCUUCACCCCCAGCAGGUUAAGAUUUGCUCCAUUGUGGUGAUCUAUUUCCUUAGCAAAAAUGGUCAGAGAACAGUAACACCAUGAGGGCAACUCUUUUGUUCUGGUACUCCUUUUUGAAUGCACAAGAACCCUCUGUUUUGACAUAGUAUAUAUGAUGUCUGCAUUGCACUGAGAUGAAGGAGAGAGGCAGUGCUCCUGCCUUUGUGUUGAUGUUAAGCGGUUGUUCUUUCUGGGCAUUUUCAUCCUUCAAGGGUGAACCAGGCUACGAGGUGAAGAUCUUAGCUAAGAAAGCAAAGGAUUUUUCAGUCUCAUGCACCUUGCCUGGCAUCCCACACUGUAGAGCAAGUGCUUCCUGUUGACUCUGCCUCUAAUUUGCACACCUGAAAAUAGCAGAAAUGAGUUCAGUUAGAUACCUUUUUUU